UAUUUUGGCAAAGUUUUUGUUUUUUGUUCAUAGUUUUUGUUAAGCUCUUCUACUCUCUCUCUCUCUCUCUCUCUCUCUCUCAUGCAGCUAUGUAAUGAAAGGAGGGUAAUAGUCCCUGCACUGUUAAAGGGCAAAUCUUUCAUCAGUUUUGCAGGAGUACACGUAUUGAUCUUCAUCAAGAUCUGUUUUUGCCUUAACUUACCAGCUUCAGCCAUCCAUUUAGACAGGUCUGAUGGACAGAUCACCUGUAAGAUGUCUUGUCAACAGCAUUUCUCGUUUCAUUCUUCUAGUUUCAUGUCAAACCAGGGCACCUAUGCCUAUGCAAAAGGAUUAUAGGAGCAUGGUUAUGGUUUUAAAGCAUUUGAAACCAGUGCUUGAUGAAAUCGUUGAUCUCAGAAUAUCAUCUGAUGUAUAUAAAGAGUGUGAAGUACUUGAUGUGACUGUUAAUGAGGCUCGAGAAUUUAUGGAGAACUGGUAUCCAAGGAUGAGCAAGAUUUGGUGUGUACAAAAGAUCGAAGCCCUGUUUGUGAGAAUCCGAGCCUCUUCACUAGAGAUCUGUCAUUUGUUGGCUAGACUGUUGCAAUCUUCUUCAUCCACUUCAACUAUAGCUAGCAUUGAGCACUGCAUGCAGGAGCUUCAGCGUUUGAAACAGGAAACGAUAACAGAACAUAUAGAGGAGGUUUUAAGAAGUAAAAGAGAUGCAGUUGUUCCUUGCACUGAUCACCUAAUGAAAAUUAUUGAAGCAUUAAAUUUGACAUCAGAUGGCGAACUAUUGAAAGAAAGUGUGGCUGUGGAAAAGGAGAGAAUGAAUAUCCAAGUCAAUAAAGCAAGAGGGGACUUGGAUCAAAUCAACCAAAUUGCGGCUCUUCUCUCUGAAAUACGUAAUUGCUUGCUUAAAGUUGAGUUCUUGGAACCAAAGAGCGGGGUCCCAGUUCCUUCAUACUUCCGCUGUCCUUUAUCGCUGGAACUCAUGUUGGAUCCUGUGAUUGUGGCUUCAGGUCAAACUUAUGAGAGGAGUUCCAUUCAGAAAUGGCUUGAUCAUGGAUUAAAUAUUUGCCCAAAGACCUACCAAACACUAGCUCACACAAUUCUCAUUCCCAACUAUACUGUAAAAGCUAUGAUAACAAAUUGGUGUGAGGAAAAUCAUGUAAGAGUUCCCUGUAACUCUAAGCAAAACGAUCAUACCUCGGCCCCAACCCCAUCAGAUCAUGCUUUACCAUGCUCGGAGGAUUCCCAUUGCUCGCAGAAAUGUAGCAAUUCUACAUCCAUAUCAUCUCUUGAAGUUGGAAAUGGAUUUGAGAAACGCAGGACCGAUAUCUCAUAUAAACUAAGUGGAGAAGAACCCAAUGGAUAUCAAAGUAGGCGGACUGAAAGCUUUGAUCACCCAUCCCAUGAAUUGUCAUAUAUCCACAGCAGGAGUGAAUCAGCCUCAAGUGCCAUAUCUAGUAUUGAGUAUGUGCCUCCUGCAUCAGAUGAGAUAUCAACAAUAUCUGACAAGCAUGAAAAAGUGAGUGGCUUGUCUGGGGAGAUCACAUCUGAAUGUCCAAACAAAGAAUCAGGAUUCUCUCCACGGUUGUCUGGAAAUCAAUUCCCUACUCCUAAAGCAAAAGCUGACAGGGAAAGCAACGCAACCCAUGACCCGAGAACACACUCUGUUUCCUUUCUAGACUUGGGUUCUGAUGAUCGAGCUACAACUUCUCAUGUCAAGAAUUUGGUUGAAGAUCUUAAAAGCCAAUCAAAUGAAUUCCAGACUACUGCUGCAGCAGAACUCCGGCUGCUUGCAAAGAACAAAAUGGAGAAUCGUAUCAUUAUUGGCCAGUGUGGCGCUAUCGCCCCAUUGCUUUCACUACUAUACUCAGAAGUGAAGCUAACUCAGGAGCAUGCUGUUACAGCCCUGCUGAACCUAUCAAUCAGUGAAGAAAUUAAAACCAUGAUUGCAGAAGCAGGAGCAAUAGAACCACUUAUUCAUGUCUUAAAAUCAGGAAAUGAUGGAGCCAAAGAGAAUUCUGCUGCAACUCUAUUCAGUCUCUCUGUCCUAGAAGAAUAUAAGGAAAAAAUUGGCCGUUCUGGUGCUGUCAAGGCCUUAGUGGAUCUUCUAGCCUCUGGGACUUUAAGAGGGAAAAAGGAUGCUGCAACUGCUUUGUUCAACCUUUCAAUCCUUCAUGAGAACAAAGCUCGUAUAGUUCAAGCUAGAGCAGUAAAGUAUCUUGUCAAGUUGAUGGAUCCUGCCACUGGAAUGGCUGACAAGGCAGUUGCCCUUCUUGCAAAUUUGUCAACAAUCGGGGAAGGGCGCUUGGCUAUUGUGCGUGCUGGAGGCAUUCCUCCAUUGGUUGAGAUUGUUGAAUCAGGAUCUCUGAGGGGAAAGGAGAAUGCGGCUUCUGCAUUGUUGCAAUUGUGCCUUAAUAGUCCCAAGUUCUGUAGCAUUGUUUUGCAAGAAGGAGCAGUUCCUCCUCUUGUUGCCUUGUCCCAAUCUGGCACGACGAGAGCGAAGGAAAAGGCACAGCAGCUUCUGAGUCACUUUCGUAGUCAGAGAGAAGUAUCCAUGGGAAAGGGUAAAUCAUGAGAAGAGACAAAUUUUGUUUGAUUAUUUGAUUUUUUAAAAAAAAUAUUUGCUCUCUAUGAAGAUGUAUGGAAGCUCUUUUUCCAUAAAUUUUUUAGGUUUUAGUUUAUAUUCAUUUGUGUUGUAGUCUUUAUUUAUUUCACAGGUAGGAAAAUAGUGUGCUCAUUAGAUUUUAGUCAUUUCCAAAAUAUUUGAGUGCCGUGCCGUCGCCGGAGAUUUGUGGUUUUCUUAGUAAUGUAUAUAUCAUGUACAUAUAUCUAUAUUCAUCUUGUUUACUCUUGCAGUCUGCUAUCUAUACAAUAAAAGUAUACAACUGUUCUGAA